AUGGCGUUCAAACAUAUUUAUGCGGACCAUUUAAAUGGUGAGGAAGUAGAGUAUGAACUGAAACUACGUGGAAAACAGGAUGAGCUCAAGAAUGAUGUAGAGGCAAAAUACCGUCUAUUGAGGUAUUUGUUUAAAGAUGAUGAGAAAGAAGGCAGAGUUUAUGAAUCCCCGCACACUAUCGAUCAGGAGUAUGAUUUAGUGUGUUCCAGGUUGAAAGAGUUGCGGAGUAAACUAGCGAGUAAAACGAACGAUAAGGCAGUGUAUUCGCGAUUGAACCAUUAUUGGUGCAGGGUACAUAGAAUUAUGACGACAGACCCAGAAUCAGAGCGUAUGCGUAAAGAGUUGCUAAGCGAUAUCCGCGCGGAAUUGAGUAAAUUUGAAAAAGGCAAGGAAGAAGAUAAACGUUUGGAUUCAUUUAGUUUAGAGUUACGAGGAAAUUCGGAUGGAAAUGCUUAUAAGUUAGAUCGUCCCGAAGAAGGGGCACAAGGAAGUCGGAAAGAAGUAGGUGGAAAGAAAACGUCAGGUACCUCGGACAGAAAUUUGGAACCUGCAAGGACACAAAGUGAACCCAGUGAGCGGGAGAAAGCAUUAGAAGCACAGGUGGCUCUUCUACAAAAGCAGGUUGAAGCAUUGUUGAAUAGUUCAGAAGGGGCUAGAGGAGGAGACGUCGAACAUAAAGAGCGAGUUAAAGAGAAAGGAAAAGAGUACGACAAAUAUGCAUUCCAGAAUAAGAAGUUAGAUAGUUAUGUUGAGGGUAGUGUUCCGCCAAGGCAAGAAAUUGAUGUCCGUGGUAGACAGAGUGAAAGACAGCAUGAACCUCUGUUUGGACAGCAGGUUCCGAGAUCGGUAUAUUACGAAAGGGAGCGGAAGGUAAGGUCUGAAGAGUACGAAGGUGAUGAUAGCGGAAGACAGGGUAACAACAGAUUAAACGAUUGCGAGAUCGAUUACAGGAGGACGAGAGUGGUACGCGAAGAAAAUGGUCCGUGGAGAAAUGAUCAACAGAGGAGUUGGGGUACACAACGAGAUGUAGAGUUAAGAAGGAAUAGAGCGUAUGAAAGUAGAGCAUUUCACGCGCAGACUUCUCAAAGAGAUCAACAAAGAAGGUUGUAUGAGUUAGAAAGGAACGACACCACAUACGAACCGCAGUCAGGAUACCACGAUGGAAGAGAAGUAAAUUACCGACAUCGGGACGAGAGCAGUAGAGACUGGAGUAGAGAACGCAGAAACAGACGAGGGGAACUCUAUGGGCAGGAUUUUCACAAUUUGCCGAGGAAUCAGAUACCGCUUAGCUCGGAUGAGUUCUCGGAGGAUGAGAGGUUCCACAAUUUGAUGAAUCACCCGAGGCGACGCAAUCAACGGAGAAUCAGCGAGUCCGAAAUCCGCGAUGCCGAUCGAAGAAUGGAAAAAUGGCAUUUGAGCUUCAGUGGAGAUGCAAGGAGCAGGUCAUUGGAGGACUUCCUGUUGAAGGUACGACGACUAGCGAAAAUGGACAGAAUUGCCGACGAUGUACUAAUGCAAAGAGUGCACACAAUUCUUCGUGGGGAGGCAUAUGUACUUAUGCUAUGCAGAUGA